UGCCUUUACAGUUUGGUAAUUGAACUUAAUUUACAGCGAGCUAGCUAGCUUGUCAUAUAUUUAUAUAUAUAGUCAGAAGCACAUUGCCAAGAGGAGAAUCGAGGGGUAAUGUAUAUGACAAAUCCUGGUGCUGCUGGUAUGAUUUGCAUGGCCUCCAUGGUUUUGGCCUUGGGCUUCAUCUGUGCCACCUUUUCUGUCGAGGGGAAACAUUGGGCACAUGAAACCAGGGGUACUACUACUAGUACUGACGAUAUUACUGCCUUCCAUGAACUGCUGUUUUCCAAGGAAAACACUAAUGGCUUUGCAGCUCGCAAGCUGAUGGACUUGGGUGAUGAGGAUGAGGAGGAGAAUGGGGGGUGGAUGAAUCGAAUAGGGGAAACGUGUUCCAAGGGCAACGUGGUGAUAUCUCAAGGACCAACAAACCCACUUCCAAAUGGGAUUCCGACAUACACUGUCCAAAUAGUGAACGGUUGCGCCACGGGUUGCAGCGUCUCGGACAUACAUUUAAGCUGCGGAUGGUUCAGCUCUGCCAGUCAGAUCGACCCUCGCCUGUUUAAGCGAAUUGCCUACGAUGACUGCCUUGUCAACGACGGCCAACCCAUGCUUCCCGGCGAGGCUCUCUCUUUUAUCUAUGCCAACACCUUCGCCUAUCCUCUCUCUGUGUCCUCUCUUUCUUGCUCUGACUGAAUGACCGCCAUCGCCGUGCAUAAUAUACAUGCAUGCAUGCUCCUCUCUUCUAGUUGCGUUUGCGUUGCUAUGAUAUAUAUGAUAAUAUUAAUGAUGAUGGGUGUAUUUGGUUAGGCUAGCUAGGUCUACGACGUACAUAUCGGUUAGUUUUCU